UGGGGCGGGACCGGACGGGAAGAGUAGGGGCCCGGACGCUGCAGCAGGCGGGGCAACCCGACUGGCGGCUUCGCUGGCGCAAGGUUGGGCCGGCGGCCAGGGACCUGGAAGGCUGCGAGGCCCUGCGAGGUCGAGGUUCGGAGUUUGCUGGUCCCAGGCCCGGCCCGAGGUAAGAAAGAGCCGCCUCCCCGCACGGCCGGAGGACCCGGGCGCCCCGAGUUCGACUUCUCAACCUCCGUCCGGAUCGGGAAACGGAGCACGGAGAUGUUCCUGAGGUCUCUUCCCUGGAAAGCGCAGCCCCGAUUUCCCGCCCCUGUCCCUUAGCAGGUCGGCGACCUUCCGAGCGCUGGACAUAGGCCCACGCGUACAGAAGGCGCUCAAUAAAUGCUCACUAGUGAAUCAGUAAAAUAAAUCGGCGGCAAAGAGAGACGAGACGCAUGCUGAUCUUCAGGUGUUGGGGACACCAGGGACGCGAACAUUUAUUGAGCUCUUAUUGUAUACCCCGUCGGCCAGCAUUUGUGUCCAUUUCACACAUGAGGAAUAAGAGGCUAAGAGAGGUGAAGUGACUUCCUUAAGGCCACACAGAUAGUAAGUGGCCGAGACGAAUUUGAAACCAGGGGUGUCGUGUUUCAACUUGGUGCCAAAUAGAGUAACUCGGACUCCUGUUGGAGGGGUUCGGGAGAACCACAGAAGAGGAAGGGCCGUGUCUUCCGUGGACAGGCCACCGGAGCCGCCAGCUGUUUGGAACUGAGCUACUGCAGAAAGGGAAGUGGAGAGUGAGGGCCAGGCCCCGUGGGGGCAGAUGGCCGGCAGAUGGCUGGAUCUGCACUGGGCACUGAGUGUGCUUUAUGUGCUGCUAAUGGCGGAGACAGUGUCUGGGGCUAGGAGCCCGUCUACAGGGGCUCACAUUAGCCCCCAGUUUCCAGCUUCAGGUGUGAACCAGACCCCUGUGGUAGACUGUCGCAAGGUGUGUGGCCUGAAUGUCUCUGACCGCUGUGACUUCAUCCGGACCAACCCUGACUGCCACAGUGAUGGGGGGUACCUGGACUACCUGGAAGGCAUCUUCUGCCACUUCCCUCCCAGCCUUCUCCCUCUGGCUGUCACUCUCUACGUUUCCUGGCUGCUCUACCUGUUUCUGAUUCUGGGAGUCACCGCAGCCAAGUUUUUCUGCCCCAACUUGUCGGCCAUUUCCACCACACUCAAGCUCUCCCACAACGUGGCUGGCGUCACCUUCCUGGCAUUUGGGAAUGGUGCACCUGACAUCUUCAGUGCCCUGGUGGCCUUCUCCGACCCGCACACAGCCGGCCUGGCCCUUGGGGCACUGUUUGGCGCUGGCGUGCUGGUUACCACAGUGGUGGCUGGAGGCAUCACCAUCCUACACCCCUUCAUGGCUGCCUCCAGGCCCUUCUUCAGGGACAUCGUUUUCUACAUGGUGGCUGUGUUCCUGACCUUCCUCAUGCUCUUCCGGGGCAGGGUCACGCUGGCGUGGGCUCUGGGUUACCUGGGCUUGUAUGUGUUCUAUGUGGUCACUGUGAUUCUCUGCACCUGGAUCUACCGAUGGCAGCGGAGAGGAUCUCUGUUCUACCCCAUACCAGUUACUCCAGAGAUCCUGUCAGACUCUGAGGAGGACCGGGUAUCUUCUAAUACCAACAGCUAUGACUACGGUGACGAGUACCGGCCGCUGGUCUUCUACCAGGAGACGACGGCUCAGAUCCUGGUCCGGGCCCUCAAUCCCCUGGAUUACAUGAAGUGGAGAAGGAAAUCAGCAUACUGGAAAGCCCUCAAGGUGUUCAAGCUGCCUGUGGAGUUCCUGCUGCUCCUCACAGUCCCCGUCGUGGACCCGGACAAGGAUGACCGGAACUGGAAACGGCCCCUCAAUUGUCUGCAUCUGGUGAUCAGCCCCCUGGUUGUGGUCCUGACCCUGCAGUCGGGGACCUACGGUGUCUAUGAGAUAGGCGGCCUCGUUCCGGUCUGGGUCGUGGUGGUGAUCGCAGGCACAGCCUUGGCUUCAGUGACCUUUUUUGCCACAUCUGACAGCCAGCCCCCCACGCUUCACUGGCUCUUUGCUUUCCUGGGCUUUCUGACCAGCGCCCUGUGGAUCAACGCGGCCGCCACAGAGGUGGUGAACAUCUUGCGGUCCCUGGGCGUUGUCUUCCGCCUGAGCAACACUGUGCUGGGGCUCACGCUGCUGGCCUGGGGGAACAGCAUUGGAGAUGCCUUCUCGGAUUUCACGCUGGCUCGCCAGGGCUACCCGCGGAUGGCAUUCUCCGCCUGCUUUGGUGGCAUCAUCUUCAACAUCCUCGUGGGCGUGGGGCUGGGCUGCCUGCUCCAGAUCUCCCGGAGCCACACAGAGGUGAAGCUGGAGCCAGAUGGACUGCUGGUGUGGGUCCUGGCAGGCGCCCUGGGGCUCAGCCUCGUCUUCUCCCUGGUCUCGGUCCCAUUGCAGUGCUUCCAGCUCAGCAGAAUCUACGGCUUCUGCCUGCUCCUCUUCUACCUGAACUUCCUUGUCGUGGCCCUCCUCACUGAAUUUGGAGUGAUUCACCUGAAAAGCAUGUGACUGAAGCCGCUUAGUGCUGCGGCCUGACUGCAGGCAGGAGCCCUGCCUCUCCUGCUGGGGGAAGCCCAGGGACCGGAGCAUUUCUGCAAGGCCUCUGUGGGCACGAGUUUGUGGCCCUCGCUGCUGGAGAUCUGUGAGCUGGGAGAACUGCUCUGUACCUCUUGCUGCCAGCACCCAACAGCCUUGCCAUGGGGACCUUAGAAACUGGGCUUUGCUCUGGACAAAGGGUUCCAGAGAGAAGCUAAAAGGCCCCCUUGAAUGACCCCCAGAGCCCCUCUGAGAAGGGCUGGAGUUUGGGGGAAGGGGAUGGCUGGGUGUAUUCCAGGCCAUGCUGGAGGUACCCCCGAGACACAGGCACUGCCCGUUCCCCUUGCCUGGGCUUCAGGCCUUCUGGCACCUUCUCAGGGCACAAGUGGCUGCCCAACCCUGACUCAGAGAACGAGGGUGGCUUGGACCCCUGGGAAUCAGGCCGCCGAGGGCUGAGCUCCAGAGCUGCACCAUCUGCCAGAAACAGAAUUCGAGACAUACUUAAUUUUGAAUUUCUCCUUGCCACGUUAGUAAAGCCAAAAGCAGCGGGUGCCAUUCGUGGCAAUACACUUCACUGAACCCACUUGCUCCCAAAACGACGCCAGCCCGAGGCACUGCUACGCCAGCAGCUGCCACAAGGGAUGGUGGCUCAGGCACUCCCUCCAGGAUUCUGCCCCUGACUAUCCACAAACUCCUUUGUGCUGGAACCUGGGCUCCUCCAGCUGCCAAGCAGGAGUCGGUAGGACUGUGCCUGUGCCUCCCUCGGGGGGGCCCUGGGCGGGGUUCCAAGGCCUGCGAGCUGGGAAAGGACAGAUGAGGGGAACUCGUGCCUUCUUGCUGUCAUGCAGUGACCCCGCCUUAUGUUGCCGAAAUAAGCAACUCUUAGGUUUGCCUGACUGCCUUAUGCUGGUAAAGAAAAGGGAUUCAACUCUCUUUUCCAAAUAAAAAAAAAAAAUUCAAAAUUUCAAGUGUA